AUGAGACUCCAAGAUAUUCAUAAUAAAAGAUUUAUGCAUCGAGACUUCCAUAGUGGGAACAUAUUAUGUGUUUCAGGUACUAGAUAUAGUUCGAAUAAAUAUAAGCAUGAUGAAUUGCAAAUUGGAGAUCUAGGAUUAUCACAAGCGGUAAAUAAUAAAUCAUCAAAUAAUGAAAUAUAUGGAGUAAUACCUUAUAUUGCACCGGAAAUAUUUAAAGGAUCAAAAUUUACUAAAGAAGCUGAUAUUUAUAGUUUUGCUAUGAUUAUGUGGGAACUUACAACAGGUUGUAAACCUUUUGAUAAUGUUGAACACGAUCAUACUCUUAUUUAUAAAAUUCUUGAUGGAGCACGGCCUAAAAUUACAGAAGAUACGCCAGAAUGUUAUGCUAAUUUAAUGAAAAGUUGUUGGGACCCUGAUCCAAAAAAAAGACCUUCUAUAAAAGAUAUUCGUUUGGCUAUUAGUGGGUGGAUAUCUAGAAAUAAAAAUAAAGCAGUAUUUAUUCAAGCUGAAGAAAAAAGAAAGAAAUUGAUAAAUUCAAAGAAGAUUGGGCCGGAAUUUGCUGAAAAACGACAUUCAGGGGCCAUUUAUACAAGUAGACCAUUAAGUGCUUUAAUUUCUAAAUGUUCAUCCGUCUAUUCUUCAACAAUUUCAUUUGGUAAACAAGGUUCCAAUUAUAUCUCAGAAUUAGAGGAUGAUACAAACACUGAAAGUUUAUCGUCACUAAAUUUAAAUUUUGCAAUCCGAAAUUUUUCAACCUCUUUAAAUUCUAAUUAUAUCUCAGAAGAAUUAGAGUUUGAUAUACUAGACAAUGAAAGUUCUACGAUUCAAAAUUAUUCAACCACAUUAGAUUCUAGUAGAUAUAUUUCAGCAGAAUUAGAGCUUGAUAUAAAGACUGAAAGUUAUUCUAGAUAUAUCUCAGCAGAAUUAGAGCUUGAUAUAAAUACUGAAAGAUCACAAAAUUUAAAAAAGAGAAGAAAUAAAGAAUUUUUAAAUUUAGAAACUCAUGAUAAUAGUGGAAAACGUAUUAAAACUAAUUUCAGUUAUUUACCAUAG